AUGAGGAAUCUUGCGACAACAUGCCUCCUAGCCCUCUCCCUACUCCCAGGUCUCACUCGCGCAGCCUGUGAGUGCGGAUACUCCGCCAACGUCACUGGCACCGUUGAGGUCUUCACAGACCUGAUCGAGACCGACUUCACAAAGGUCAAGGACAUCAAGAACAACACGGACUGGGUCCGUCAGGAGUUCAACAAGACCAGCACCAACGCGAGGGGGCCCCUGGGCGAGAAGUUCCAGCCAACCAACAUUGCUGCCGUCCACGAAGGGUCGAGCUCGUACGGACUCAGCUCGACACAGGCAGACGCGGGAUUGCAGCUGCUGGUCGAGAGUUCCACGGUGGACGGCCUGGUGCCGACCGCCGAGAUCGACUCCGCGCGACAUGAUGUACACCACGGUUCGUUCCGGGCGAUGAUGAAGGUGCCGGAUGUUGCUGGGACGUGUGCCGCCUUUUUCUGGUACCACAACGACACGCAGGAAAUCGACAUUGAGUUCCUCACGAAAGAGUUCAGCUCGUCCAACAGUAGCUUUCCGAUAAACCUCGUCUUGCACUCGCGUGCCUCGCUCGAGAAGGGCUAUGACGCCUCCGGCACGGGCAACUUUCUCAAGGUCAACCUAGGCUUCAACCCGACGACGGACUUCCACGAGUAUCGCAUAGACUACCUACCCGGCAAAGUGACAUUCUACGCCGAUGGUAAGGUCUUGGGUACCAUGAACGGCAGCGCCGUACCCACCGAGGGCGGCCACCUGAUCCUCCAGCACUGGAGUAACGGCAACCCACUGUGGUCGGGGGGCCCGCCCAAGAGGGACGCCAUUCUGACGGUGGCCUCCGUCAAGGCCUAUUUCAACUCGUCACUUGAUGCGCGCAGGGCCGACCACGAGGACCGGUGCGUCGAUCCCGCGGCACCGGGCGCCGUGUGUGCCAUCCCUGAUGAACCCGCCUUUUUCUUCAGCACGCAGGCCAACAUGACAAUCAACCAAACAGUGUCAGGGAUGCCGGCUGCCGAUAGAAGCAUCGCUGGGACAGUGAACACGCCGCCAUGGGCUUUGGCUUUUGUCUUGUGGUUGUUGUUGCUGUCCCUGGGUGUUUGA